AUGUCUUCGAGUGUGCUAGGUGAAACCAAUUUCCGAUCAUCAUCAUCAAUGCUUUCCUCAUUCUUCUCCAAUGAAAACUAUGCUCUAAAGGCCUAUCCACAACAUGCCAUCAUGACUAUGGUGGGCUCUAUUAUUUUUCAUACAUUCCUUGUUUUUGUAUUUUACGGAAUGAGUUCAGUGUUAUCCUCAACGUUCCGUUCCAUGACUUUUCCGAAGAAGAUUAAUUGGGUAUCUAGGCUUGUUUCCAACGUUCAUGCAAUUAUAUCGUUUGGAGGAGCUUUAUGGGCCAUCAUCAUGACUGCCGAGUGUUAUAAGAGAUGGGACGUUGUUGCAAGUUGUUUUGAUUAUGAAGCUGGCUACUUGACUUUGCAAUAUACCAUUGGCUACUUUACGUAUGACUUGGUUUUCAUGUUGUUAUUUUACAAAGAGUUGGGAGGCAUCGGAUUGGUAUUGCAUCAUUUCUUUGGAAUUGUUGGAUGGGGCUUGAUUUUGAGUUAUGAAAAUUUCUCCUUCUUUGCCUUGUUGUUCACAUUGACCGAGGCAACAACUCCGUUCGUCAAUCAAAGAUGGUUCCUGUAUGAAAGCGGAAUGAAGGACAAACCAAUUUACAGUGUGUUUGGAUUUUUGUUGUGGUUAAGCUGGUCUUUGGUGAGAAUGCCUUUAGUUCCAUUUACUUUCAUGUACAUCAUGUACAAUUGGGAAGAUCUUGCAAAAGCACCGUUUGCAGUGCCUUUUGUGUGCAUCUUCAAUUACAUACUCAUUACAGCUCUCAACACGUAUUGGUAUUAUUUAAUAUCAAAGGGCUUGUUGAGUGUCUUGUUUGGCAAGAAAAAGACAGCCACUUCCACGAUGGAAAAGAAAGAUCAAUAG